AUGGACCGGACUCCAAAAACAAUGACCUGUCUCCAGGCUCUGCAGUCCACUAUGAAGUGGCACCACUUGGAGCAUGUUGCUGACGACCUGGUGGACGCUUUCUCAUACCUGUUAUGCCAUCAACCCAUGAUCCUGGCCAUGAAUUCCAGCUUUGUUGAUCCCUUGCUUCAGUUUCAAUCUCAAAUGAAUCUAAUAGAGUCGUGCUUUAGAACAAUAUUUGCGAUACCAAAUCUUGACAGUGUGAAAAAAAUGGGGACUGGCUCUGAGGACACUGAGGAUGUGGAGAAUUUAUACCAUAAUAUUUUCCAUUUAUUUGAGGACACACUCAUUAUUUUAAUUUCUAAAGAUUUCUACAAGUUACAGAUCUUAAAGGAAAUGGUCAUGUGGAUGAAUAAGGAUCAUUUUUUCCUGCAAGAAAGAGCACUACUUGUCAUCAGCAGAGUGUUAAACUUUUCGUUCAAGGAAAGUGAGAAAAUUAACAGUGUGGAUGCUCCAUGCCUAGGCUUCCUGGCAGCAGAUAUGUGUCUUUUGUGUUUCCAUGGUGACCCCUUAAUUGUAAAGCAAGCAUCUAUGGGAUUGUAUUACAUCCUCUGCAUUGCCAGGUGUCCGAAUGCACACAAUACAAAGACCAUGUAUGCCAAGUACAGUGAACAUGGAAGUUACAGCCAAACAUCUACUACGGAGGUGGAAUUGCUACCCAAGAUCCUACAACAAGACAAAGUCAAAAUUGCUCUGAGUGUUGGGCAAAGCCCGUUGCCCUUCUUUCUGACUGAUUUUGUGUGGAGUCUCCUGAAGACGCUCUUUAGGGCUGAUUAUGAAACUGCAUUGGAGGCAGCGUCCAUGCUGCAGCUGACUUUGGAAUAUCAUGCACAGAAGGUCACCGUGGUGUCUAAGAUUCUGGAUGAUAUUCAUAAGGAACUGUAUGUAAAUGAAUCUCACAUUAUGAAGGAUGCGAUGAUGCAGAUUAUCUCCUUGUUAACACGUGCUUCACCCAAGAACGUCAUCUUUCAACUCAUGGACUACCCAGUCCCAGCAGACAACACGCUGAUAAUGAUGUGGGAAGCAGUGAGCACUGAGUCAACUGUGGCACUUCAAGUGCUGAAGACACUCCUGCUCAUACUCAAAGGAAAGCCUGGGGACAUGGAGGACACAGUGCUCGACAAAAGACGCUUUUCUCUUGAUACCACCAAUAUGAUGCCUGUAAUGGCUUCCCAGGCACUUUGCACAUUUCUAGCUGUGAAAUCUUACAAGAAAGCAGUGGCCCAGCUUUUCCCCCAGCUCCUGAUGGCCCUCGUGCUUCAACUCUUCUACAGCAGUCAGCUGAAAAUGCUGUCCAAGGAAUGGCCUCUCUUUGCCAGGGAUGCCCUGAGAGUUCUGCUAAAUUGUUCGGGACUACAAGAAGUAGAUUAUGCUCUGAAGAAAAAGAAUUGCUGGAACAAGUUUUCUCAAACUGUGUAUCACCGAUAUGGAGUCUACCUUAUAGCCAAAACUCUCAGUGACAACAACUUUCCUCAGUUUUCACAGACCUUACAUUACCUCCACAAGAUCUCAGGAGAUAGUUCUAGAAGGUCAGAAGACAGUAUCAUCACAGUAAUAUUAUUCACUGAACUCCUAAACAACUUUUUCAAGGACCCAUUCCCAGAAGAAUUUUUAGUCCUCUACAAAAAUUGGGUCAAUGAUCCCAAUCCGGAAGUCAGCAAAUUGAGCCUUCAGAAGAUCGGCAGCAUGGCACCAGUCAUCAAUAAUACAGAAAAUAUCUGCAGCUUACUGAUGGCUGUGCUGGAUGCCUUCCUUUCCAAAGAAAAGACUGUUGUAAUCCGGGCUUUGCUCACCCUACGAAGGAUUUUGGUCAAACUGGACAAGGCCACCUACUCCUCAGUGUGCAUCAAAAUUGCAUCCAGCUACUUUCCUCUGAUGGAUCAUGUCAAUGGUGGCAUUCGAAGCAUGGCCAUUCGACACUUUGGUGAAUUGCUUAUAGAUAUGAAGCAGUACAGACUAUUGUUGAACAGUGUUGUCCUAGGAGGCCUUGUGCCCCUAAUCUUGUUUUUGGAGGAUACAGAAACAAGAGUAGUGCAAGCAUGUAGAUAUACCUUAGAAAUCUGUGACUUAGAACUGAAGUGGUCGAUAUCGCAUUUGCUGAAAGAUGGAAAUUACAGUUUUGAAUUGGUGGUGCUCAACAUCUGUAACAAUCUUCUUACUCAUCAUGAGACCAUUAUUACAGAUUUAAUAUCAGACACCUUAGGGUUCCUAGGGAGCUCUAGAGACCACCUGAGGAGAGGAGCACUUAUUUUAAUAGGGUACUUGGCAAAACUGGGUGAAAAUUUACUGCUCAAAGAAGAAAUUGAAGUCAUGCUUGAGGUUGCUGAACGAGUACUCCGGGACAAAGACCCUGUCAUCAAGCAAUUAACGGAAAAAACAUGCAAGAUUUUUAAGGAAAUAUCCGAUAACAUGUCCUCUUCAGCUAUUAAACAAACCUCCCGAAGAUUGCUUAAGUUCUUCUCCACCAAAAAAUUGAAGCCCAUUUAUAACUGGACCAGUGAGGAAAGCAGCUAUGUUAAGGAAAAGAAAGAGCUGAAUAUUGUGCAAAGACUGGAAGAAGAGACUGAGGAAGACAUUCAGUAG